CAAGUCUCGCUUGAAUUCGGCAUUGAUGCACUUCUAGUGUUAAUUGUGCUAGGAUCUUGAAGGUGAUAGGCAUCUCAAUCUCUUCAAGACGGACCGCGACGACAUUUGCGGUGCAUCCUGAGACAAGGUUGAACAAUGGCUACCUUGCUGCCUUCCAACUUCGAAGAAGCGUAUGAAAUCGCGAAGACGGAGUUCUUCAAGAGUCUCAAACGGCCCCAAGACUACGAUUUCUCCAGAUUUACAUCGAUAGACGACGUCUACGACUACACGGCGAAACUCCAAGAGGAACAAGACCGAAAAGGGAACAUGAGGCAUUUGAACAGAAUCAGACCAUAUCUCCAAAAUCUGGAGCAAUAUGUCGGAGUUCUCGAUGUUCUAUCGCAGGCAAAGGGGGACCUGCUUUCACUCAUCUGGGGGCCCAUCAAAUUCUUGAUCCAGAUUUCCAGCACCCUUGUGAAAAGCUAUGACAAGAUCAUCGACACAAUGGGGCAAAUUGGAGAUCGGCUGCCUCAUUUUAGGAAAUACCUUGAGCUCUUCAAGUCUAACGAUACUCUGAAAAGGCUCUUGUUGGUGUUUCUCCGCGAUAUUUUGGAAUUUCAUGUUACAGCAUUAAAUUUCUUCAAAUCAAAGAAGUGGGAGCUCUACUUUGAAUCCAUGUGGCCAAAGUAUGGCAACAAGAUCACGAUCAUCAUGAACAACAUUGAGCGGCAUGCCGCUCUUAUCAGCAACGAAGUCACCCUGACCAGCAUCCAGGAUGCGCAGGCUGCAUAUGCUGAAGCGUUGAAGACCUAUGAGCGCGAUGGAGAGUUUCAGCGUCGUCAGGACUUUGCUACUGUACAGCAAUCUUUGUCCCCAAGACUGUACGAUGAUGAUCUUGAGACGUUUCGAAAACGCCGCUCUCCAGACUCUGGUAAAUGGAUCGAAAAGAAUGGGGAUUUCAGCGCCUGGCUCAACACCAGCAACAAGACAAAGCAGAUCUUAUGGGUUGAGGGCAUCCCGGGCGCAGGAAAGUCCUAUCUUUCGGCAUAUAUAGUCGACAUCGCUCAACGCCAAGUCGACAGUUGCACAGUAUUUGCGUUCCUCAGUUUCCAGGACCAGAAAUUGACAACGGCUAAAGUCCUUCAGUCGCUGAUCUUCCAACUAGCGCUGGAGAAUGUGGAUUUGCACCAGGCCCUCUGUCGCGAAGUUCAAAGCAAUUACCGAGGAGUUUCAAGCAACACUGCCUGCCUCAGAACUCUCUUCGUCAAGAUGCUUCAGAUGUCCAACCCCACGUACAUCGUGGUAGAUGGGGUCGACGAGAUCGACGAGAAUGAGAGAUCUUUCCUCCUCAGGACACUCCUGGAGGCAAAAAAGGAGUGUAAUGAAGUGAAGUUACUGAUCAGUAGUCGAGGCGAAGACAACAUCUUGAGAAUCAUGCGGCGUGAGGCAAUUCGCAUUCAUCUUCAGGCUAACAAUCUCGCAGACAUUCAGUGCUUUGUUCGAGAGAGGACCAAUGAAUGGCUCAGCUGCAGCGCUUUUGAUGAAUGUACCGCUGCAGAGAUCAGGAACCUCCUUGCACCACUUGCGUCUAAAUCAGAAGGGAUGAUUCUUUACGCCAGGCUCGUGCUGGAUAAUAUCUCAUAUUUGAGUAGUUUGCACAGCAUUAAAGAGGAGUUGAGUGCGCUUCCUCGUGGCCUGGAUGAAGCGUACGGUCGCAUCCUACUACGGAUUACAGAAGUGCUAUCAAAAAUCGACCGCGGUCAAGUCAAAAGAAUAUUGAGCUGGAUUGCUGGUUCCCAGGUAUCGCUUCAAAAGCGUGAACUCGAGGCUGCGUUCUCGAUUCGAGAGGGGGUCAGAAGCAUAUCAAAAGAGAGCAGAGUCUUCCUCAAUGUUUUACAUCUCUGCGGCCCCAUUGUUGAAGUUCAAGACGAUGACACCAUUCGGUUUGUCCACUUCACAGCGAAACAAUUCCUUGCGAAUCAGCAAAACGAGCUUUUCAUUGAUCUCCAAUAUGCCCGACUUGAUAUUUGCCGAACUUGUAUUACAUUUCUCGGCUUCGAAUGUCUCGAGUAUGAGGAAGAUGAAGAUAUUAAGCAAGCUAUACUGUCUGGGCAGUUUGUUUUCUUCCAUUACGCCGCAACUCAAUGGAUCGCCCAUCUAAAUCUCUAUAUCGAACUCCAAAUAAAGAAACCAGAAAGAGAUGUUCUCUGCGAAGAGGUUCAGGAUCUGGUCCAGCGCAUGGAAAGCUUCAAUCAAAUUGCGCCUUCCAGCACGAUCCAGCCGAGGAACCAGGAUUUCCAUUCUAUCAAGAACAAUUGGCCUGAUCUCUCAGCAAUAUUAUCCCAGGAACACGCGUAUAUGAGGUUCAAGGCACCAUUUACCAGCCUUCAAACAGUCACGCUAUUUGACUCUGAAAGCCCGUUAAACAUAUUCGCUAUUUAUGGAAAGUUCUACCAGACUCUCGACUCCAUGCUCUGUCCUGACACGAGGCAUCGACCUGAGUGUUCCUGUCAGACGCUCAAGAACCUAUACGGACAGUUCAUUUACAAGUGUGACAGAAUAGCUUGCCGCCAUCACCGACAUGGAUUUGACAACAGGAAGGAGAGAGACCAACAUCUGCUGGGCCAUGACAGACCAUUUAAAUGUCCAGAGUCUGUCUGCGCCUUCAGCGAAAUCGGGUUCAAGUCCGGACAAAGUCUGUCUCAACACAUGGACCAGUGCCAUCCAACUCAGAACCCAGUCACGACGAAACACCCUGCUAUCCAAGAUAUCGACCCUGAGAGUGUCGAAGUUGUUCUAACAGAAGCAGUGAAGGCUGGGGAAGUAGGAUUCGUCUCGAAAUUGCUUGGGAACAUUCCAAAAAAACUCGCAGAUACACUUUACAUCGUCGCUCUGCGCAGCUCUGAUCCUGCGAUGGUGGCGCAAUUUGUUAGCUCAGGCUUUUCUAUUGACAAGGCCGAUAUACCAAGGUCCGCCAUUGGUACGGCCGAAAAAGUGGUGCCGCUCAAUGUGGCCAUUCGAGCCUGCAACUUCGAAGUCGUCAGGUACCUUCUCGCCACUGGCUGUGACCGCAACAGAAGUGACUUCCCCUAUGAAUGCCCUAUGAGUGGAUUGGUGAAUUGGGGUACGGCACUCGAUCACGCAAUUGGUCUAUCCCUUCCACAAAAACGGCUGGAAGCUAUAUCCGCCUUGACUGACAACGGAACCAACAUUCAUGAAGAUUAUCGUUAUUCAUUCAAACCGCUUCGGUCGCUUCUUCGUCGAAAAAAUGUCGAAGCGGAAAGGGUCGUCAUUCAGACCUUGGAGCUUCUCAAAAGGAGCUUUUCUCUGAGGGAUCUCAAUGAACUUCUCAGAGUCGAAGCAGACGGCGGAUGCUCGGUUGAAGUCGGGAGAUGGCUGAUACAGAACGGUGCACGAGCUGACGAUCGUCCUAAAAACCCUGUCAAAUAUUCUGCACUCCACAGGGCUUGCAACAAGCGAACUGAGAAUGCAGCUUAUUUUGUAAAAUGUCUGUUGGAGUCUGGAGUAGAUCCGGCCUUAAGGGCUGGCCAUCCGCUCGCAGUGGAACCGAAGGGUGCCAAGAACAUUUCCACCUGGCUAGGCGUGACUUGGGAGGAGCUGAUCGAGUCUACAAAAUCCGCAAGGCGAGCCAAGGAAUAGGUACCUCGAUACCGAAGGUAAAUGAGCUGGGCAGAUGAAGUUGAUAUGGAUAUGAGCCGGGAGCGUGUGAUAGUCACCUGGAAAGUGGGAUAAAUCUGCAAAGCUUGUCGUUCUGCCAUGCCUCAUCAGCAGUGGCCUCGAAGUAAACCUGGAGACUAGGAAGAUGACAAGAAAUGAAC